AUGCAAAGCGAAAUGGCUGUCGACCUGACGCUCGACCUAGGGGCGCAGAAGCGAAAGCGGAAGGCCACUACGAUGUCACCAGAACCAAGUGAGCCAGUGAUGGCAACAACCUCAACGAAUCGAAUCGAAUCGAAAGUGGGUAAUCGCUUCAGGGUACAGUGGAUGAUGGCCCUUGCUGAUACAGGAGGAACGAUCGAGGCAACGUCGUAUUUCAUCGAUAAUUGGUUGGCGCCGACCGGGUGUCGUCGCGUCAAAAUGGCACGUGCAAAUUAUUGUUUACCUCGCGUGCUGGCACAAGAUAUCGCGGUGGUUUUGCCUGUCCGCCGCCAGUCUGUCUGUCCUGUAGUGUUCGAUCUCGAGGACGCUGCUUCCGGCUUUUCAUCGGCGCUUGCCCGUUCAGCAAAGAACACUUUUGUGUAUACAACGCAGUUGUUGAUCUUCGUCGCGCGGUUCGGUCGGUACAUCAUCGCGGGAAAACGGUGA